AUGGCUCAUCACCAAACAUUCGAAGAGCCUGAUCAGUCCACAAUAGACCCAAGUCCAGAUCAAGACAAUGAUGUUAGCACUGUCUACUGGCGCCCCGCGAUUUUCUGUACUCUUAUCUACCUUCUGAUGGGAAUUGGGUACUUUAUUAGUGCCGCACCGCAAUUGCGUCUCUUGGAGUCGAUCAUAUGCCAGCAGUACUAUGAAGAUUUGGAUCCUUCGGCGUCACAAGCGGGGAUUCCUGAGCAUCUCUGUAAGGAAGAACCUGUUCAGGCCGCGCUAGCUCAAUUGCUUGGAUGGCAAUCGUUCUUCGACAACAUCCCCGGACUUCUCCUUGCCCUACCAUAUGGGAUUCUAGCAGAUAAGUAUGGAAGGCGAUUGAUCAUGACGCUGAGCUUCGUGGGGCAGUUUAUUGGAAUGACGUGGGUGUUGAUCGUUUGUUGGCUAGGAUUACCAAUCAAGGCGAUAUGGUUAUCGUCUCUAUCUCUCAUCAUUGGAGGCGGCAGCAAUGUAGCCGCUUCAGUGAGUAUGAUGGUCAUUACGGACUCAACGCCGGAGAUUAAGAGGUCGCAGAUUUUUAUGUACUUCAACGCAGUGGUGAUUAUUGCGGAAAUCAUUUCGCCCCCAAUUGGCUCACUUUUGAUGAAAAAAAGCCUCUGGGUUCCCCUUCUCUUGAACUCCGUCUGUGGUGCUAUUUCCAUUACCCUCUCAUGGUACAUGCCCGAGACCAAUCGCUAUGCUGUCCGAGAUAAAAAAAGCGAUUACACCAAGAUCCCAAGCUCCAAUGACGAUGAGGAAUUGUCGACCCCGCCUUUGGAAGACUCCGGGAGCAUUAUGGCUUUGGUUUACAGCCUUAAGAAUAGCAUGCGGGUGAUUUUUACGCAGAAGAACAUCGCCCUUCUCGCACUUUCUUUUCUCAUCUCGACGUUUGCGCGGGACUCUAUGGCCUUUCUCCUACAGUAUAUCUCCAAUCGAUAUUCUUGGCCCAUUGCAAAGACGAGCUGGCUUUUCUCCUUCCGAGCUGCGGCACAGCUACUGCAAUUCAUGUUGAUCCUCCCGUGGAUAGAUCGCAAGAUGAGCAAGCGCUUUGAGCAACAGCCACGAAAGAAGGACCUCUACCUUGCUCAAAUCAGCAUAGUUGCCAUCACUAUCGGGUUUGCGAUCAUAGGAAUCGCCCCAGUAGUCGGGCUCUCCAUGUUUGGCAUCGCAAUCUAUACCGCGGGGUCCGGAUUCUCAACUUUUGCACGAAGCCUGAUCAGCUCCUUGACGGAUCCAACUAUGAUGGGUACAUUAUACAGCACUCUGGCCCUGAUGGAUACCCUUGGAUCGCUCUUGGCGGGACCUAUGAUGUCGUGGGCCUUCCGCUGGGGAAUGAAUCUAGGUGGUGUCUGGCUGGGCAUGCCAUACAUAAUUUCGGCCGCCCUUUGUGGAGCGAUGACAGCGGUCAUUUUCCUUAUCCGUCUCGAAAGGCCAGGGUCAGUGGCGGGAAGCGCAGAAGCGGGGCUGGCUUAG